UCUUCUUCCUCGAUGCAGGUAAAGGCGUCCGUGUUUCGCGCUGCAUUCGGUGUAUGGUGGGAUUAUUUAGGCGGCAUCGUCUCAACCGCUCUUGUCUAUGCGGUACAUCGUCGCUGGAGCAUCGCCGCCGGGGUUGGAACCGCCUGCUGUGUGUAUGAAGUCGAGCAAUGUCCACCAUGGUGUAUCCUCGUGAAGAAGCCCUGGAGCGUCUGAGCCAGGAUGAGAUUGUCCUCAACACCAAAGCCGUCAUCCAGGGCCUGGAGACGCUGCGCGGCGAGCACGCUCAGAUCCUCAACUCGCUCCUGGACUGCACCCAGCCACUGGCUGCUCAGGAAAAGUCCGGAUUGCUCCGCAAGAGCAUGGAGGCCAUUGACCUCGGCCUUGGAGAAGCUCAGGUGAUCAUCGCCUUGUCUAGCCACUUAAGUGCAGUGGAAUCGGAGAAGCAAAAGCUGCGCGCUCAGGUGCGCCGCCUCUGCCAGGAGAACCAGUGGCUGAGGGACGAGCUCGCGGGAACGCAGCACAAGCUGCAGCGCAGUGAGCAAAGUGUUGCUCAGCUGGAGGAGGAGAAGAAGCAUCUGGAGUUCAUGAACCAGAUCAAAAAGUUUGACGAUGAUGUCUCGCCGUCUGAGGAGAAGAACCAGAGCAGCAGCAGUGGGACUGGUGGAAGUGCUGGUGGGGAGAAGGAGAAAGACAGUCUGGAUGACUUGUUUCCCAACGAUGAUGACCAGGGUCCAGCCCAGCCCAGCGGAGAGGUGGCAGCCCAGCAGGGGGGCUACGAGAUCCCAGCGCGUCUCAGGACCCUUCACAACCUGGUGAUCCAGUAUGCCUCUCAGGGACGAUACGAGGUUGCUGUGCCUCUUUGUAAACAAGCCUUGGAGGACUUGGAGAAGACAUCUGGACAUGACCACCCGGAUGUGGCCACCAUGCUCAACAUCCUGGCUUUGGUAUACAGGGAUCAGAACAAGUACAAAGAAGCUGCUCACCUUCUGAAUGACGCCUUGGCAAUCAGAGAGAAGACCCUGGGGAAGGACCACCCUGCUGUGGCUGCCACCCUCAACAACCUGGCGGUGCUAUAUGGCAAGAGGGGCAAGUACAAGGAGGCCGAACCCCUCUGCAAGAGAGCACUAGAGAUCAGGGAGAUGGUUUUGGGGAAAUAUCACCCGGAUGUGGCCAAGCAGCUGAACAAUUUGGCCCUGUUGUGUCAGAACCAGGGCAAGUAUGAUGAGGUGGAGUACUACUACAGACGAGCUCUGGAGAUCUACGAGUCAAAACUUGGGGCAGACGACCCAAAUGUUGCCAAGACCAAAAACAACCUGGCCACAUGCUACUUGAAACAAGGGAAGUUCAAAGAUGCUGAGGCUCUUUACAAAGAGAUUCUGACCAGAGCGCAUGAGAAGGAGUUCGGUUCUGUCAACAAUGACAAUAAACCCAUCUGGAUGCACGCGGAGGAGCGGGAGGAGAGCAAGGGUUCACGGAAAGACUCUGGCCUGCAUGUUGAGUAUGGCAGCUGGUAUAAAACUUGCAAGGUGGACAGCCCCACUGUGAACACAACCCUCAAAAGCCUGGGAGCCUUGUACCGUCGUCAGGGCAAGCUGGAGGCAGCAGAAACCCUGGAGGAGUGUGCCAGCAAGUCCCGAAAACAGGGCAUCGAUGCCAUAAACCAGAGUAAAGUGGUGGAGCUGCUGAAGGACGGCAGCGUCGGAGGAGACAGGCGACAGAGCAGGGAGGGGCUGAAUGGCUCUGGAGGACGUGGAGAGAGCGAGGGAGACGACUCCGCCGAGUGGAACGGGGAUGGUAAUGGGUCUCUGCGUCGCAGUGGCUCCUUUGGGAAGAUUCGGGAUGCUCUGAGGAGGAGCAGUGAGAUGCUGGUGAAGAAGCUACAGGGCAGUGGACCUCAAGAACCGCGCAACCCUGGGAUGAAGAGGGCGAGCUCACUUAACUUCCUCAACAAAAGCACGGAGGAGACAGCACAGAACGACAACUCCGGCCUGUCAGACUGUCGAGGACUCAGUGCCAGUAACGUGGACCUGACCAGGCGCAGCUCUCUGAUUGGAUAAGUCAGCACAGUAGGCGGGACAGAGUCCAGCAUCCCCUGUGUUUGUAGCUCGGUUUGAUCAAACUAUACUCUUGAAUCACAAACCCUUGCAGCAUAUUUUUAAAAGACAUUUAAAAAGGCAUCAAAGCAUUCUAUUCGCUGCUGCUCUGUUGUACAAAAUAGCCUCCGUUGACUCAAGCAGGGGAUAUUUAGAUGCACAUUAUUCAGCAUGCUGCUUUAAGUGGAAUGAUGCACGCGGGCGCCUUGUGUGUUUCUCGCUCAUCGCACUGUAAUCCAAAGAUGCAGAGGCAUCCACGUCAUGUCCACCCAGGAGCAGGGGUGUAGUUGUGUAUAUACUCUCACUGGUAGCACAGGCGAUAAGAUCGUACACCACCAUUAGCACUGGUGACUACACCGGCGUCCAAGCGGACAGAUCAAUCUUGAUUUUAGCGAACACUAUUAACCGUCUCAACCUCACUUCUGCCUUGUUGUUUUAACGUCAAUUUAAAAUUCUUAUCGAAAUGUUUGCACUGUCAGGUGACAUACUGUAGAGAGCUACUGGAUAACACUGGAAGGACAUGUAAAUAAUGCCAUGGCUUUCACUGGAGAAGCGUUAAAAGCGUGACAACUGUUGCAGGCACCUCUGCUGUUGGCAAAAGUCAGUCGUACAAUCUGCUUUAUAAAUCAUGUGAGCAUGGCUUGUGGUGCCGUCACUCCAGAGGAAGGGGAAACAAUCUGUCGUCCAGUGGUUGGGUUUUAUCUCAGUAAAAUAAACACACAAUAUGUCAUUUAUUUCCCGCCAAUGAGUUCAGGGCUGCAACAAUCCCACUGGAUUUUCAAUAGUCAUUUUAUUUUUUCGCUUCAAAUUUAAGUGAAAAGGUGCAAUAACAAUGGCCAUGAGGAUCCGUCUAUGAAGACAGAAUGAAAAGGCAAACGCGACGACAUUGCGGUGAAGCACUUCCACUCAGGAUCAUUUCUACCUUGAAAAGUCUUGAAAAAAUCUUGAAAAGUGAAACUCAUUUGGUUCAAGCCUUCUCCGAAACAGACUUUGGAAGCACUCAAGUCUCAUUAAUCUCCCGAGGGGGUCGGCUGCUGGACUCGGUUAUUAUUUCAAUGUUUACAGUUAUUUUCUUCCUGAUUUUGUGAAUUUUGUUGUGCUGUUCAACAUUCCUCCUGUGUUUUUUUUUCUGUUUUCUGAUCGCACCUUUACUAAUCACACGCACAACCGGACUGUUACCGUCUCACUGAUGGUUUGCAAACAUGGAAUGUUUGGUGGGUCCUGGGAAUACUUUUGAUGGUUCGUCUCAACCAAACAAGCGGAAUGACAAAGAUCAUGCUCAUACUUGUGAAUGAUGUCUGAACAGAGACAAGAGAAUGUUUGUGAAUGUGUCACUGAAAAAGAAGGGAAUACAGGAAGUGAGAAGUCAUAACUGGGGGCUGUAAAUACUAUAUGUUCGGGAGAGAAGUGCUGUGGACACUCUAGUGACGUACAGUACGUGAAUGUAGUGUGAGACUAGAUAACCUCUUCUUUCACUCUGGUCACCCACUCAGUUAGGGCUCAGUCGUCCACCGUCAUGUGAUUUAAAAUCUCUAGAUGCGUGAUCACACUCAUGUUUGGUUCAAUGUUCAUCUGGCGCAGCUGAAUGUUUGUGGCAUCAACAACAACCGUUCAAUAAAGA